AUUUCAUCUAAUGCUACAUAAUAGCAAAGUGAGCCCGCACGACUACUAUCACGUCAUUAUUUUGUUGUAAUCAACCACGAGACAGAGAAAUUGCAGGUGGACUAGUAUACAAGUCUCACAGGUUGCCGGGUAUGGCGGAAGCGGAUUUAUAUUCCCUCGAAGUCUAGUUAUUCUUCUCACGCCAAACUUUAGAAGACACGUUCAACACACUGAAAGAUAAAUGAAGGCAUAUUACAAUCUUGAUUUGCAGGAAAACAAGUGAAAAGUUUGGGCCUGUUCGCGUUUCGUUUAACUAGAGUUUGGAGAUUCAUCAGAAUGAGCCGUGGUACAGGAGCUGGGUACGAUAGACACAUUACUAUAUUUUCACCAGAAGGUCGACUAUACCAAGUCGAAUAUGCGUUUAAAGCUGUCAAGGCCGCAGGUAUUACAUCCAUCGGUGUUCGUGGUCAGGAUUCAGUUUGUGUUGUAACUCAGAAAAAAGUACCGGACAAGCUUCUUGACCAGACUAGUGUUACCCAUCUUUUUCCAAUUACAAAAUUUAUUGGUUUACUGGCAACUGGAAUGACAGGUAGGUGUUGUUACAAAACAAAGUUCAGAAUUUCGAGUUCUAUCAACAGAAGAGAUUGAUGAGCAUCUGACAGCAAUCAGUUAGCGGGACUAGGUUUGUUGUCUGAGAAAAUAUACAUAUUACAUAUUGCCAAAGAAAACUGCAGCUCCAAUUGCUUUACUCAUUUCUUCAGAAAGUCCAGUGCAGAAGUGCCGUGUAUUGGUGACAGAAUGUUCUUGAAGUGCCAAUCUCAUGAAUUUUCUGACAUUUAUAUAUUUUUACAUCUUGACUGGUAACUCCAAAUUUUCUUUCUAUACAAUUGAAAAUUGAAUUUUUGAAGGCUUCAUUUUUCAGAUUUGUACCAGUGGUUCCUAUGCAAGUGUUCUA